AUGGGUUUGUCUCAUAGUAGUUACGAUCAUCAGGAAGUUAAGGAUAGAAAGGGUUCUCAGUCCGAGGAUGCUUUUAGAAAGAACACAGUGGUGCAGCCCUCAUCUUAUUCUGAUUCGAAACAGCCCAUAAGCAUCAUCACUGUCCAUGCUCAUCUGAUCCAAUUGUAUCACUCUAUCAAACCAUCCUAUGGAAAUCUCUCUCACAGCCUUGUUUUAUCCUUCUUGUCAUCUCUUCUAUGGGCUUUCUAUGAAGUGGAACUGAUUCGUGUUCAUCCUCCUAAUCAAAUUGCUGACUGCCCAGAUGUUUUGGAGCCCAAAGCAAAUAGAGAGAUAGGAAAGAAGAGAAAAGAUGGCCGCUGCAGGAAGAUGGAGGAGAAGAGGGCUUUCGUUUCCAAUAUGACUCCAAAUGUUUCCUUCCUUCUUACUAUUGCUGCUGUUGGCUUGAUUGUGACUCGGGUUCUGUAUGUUAUUUAUCGGAGUGGCAAACCACUUCGUAAUAGGUCUGUGAAACCUUGCCGUACCCUGAUCAUUCUGGGUUCAGGGGGCCACACAGCAGAGAUGCUAAAUCUCUUAUCAGUGCUGCAAAAGGACUGGUUUGCUCCCAGAUUUUACAUCGCUGCUGCCACUGAUAAUAUGAGCCUCCAGAAGGCGCGUGUAUACGAGGACACUUUGGUUGAUAAGGUUGUCUCUGUCUAUGAUGAGCCGUUCAAAUAUGUCCCCUGA